AACAAUUAUUCUAAUCCCAUAUAUAUAACACUGAGUGAGAGAACACAAAACAGCAAAUUUGAUACUUAACGAGCUUAUCACUUCCAAAGAAAGAAAACCAGAGUACGUAACAACAAUGCGAGUGAUUCCAACACCAAUCAAAAAAAUCUUAGACAAAUGGAACAUCAGAGGACUUGUAAUACUGUCUCUGGUGUUUCAAACGUCGCUUAUCUUCCUCGCACCGCUGCGAAAACGCACAUCCAAAAAGCUGCUCGCCGUGAUUCUAUGGACAUCGUAUCUUUUAGCGGAUUGGACCGCUAAUUAUGCGGUGUCUCAGAUCACCAAGAACCAAGGGAAGGAACCAGAACCUGAUGCUCCUCCGAUGAACAAGAAGCUACUUGCUUUGUGGGCACCGUUCUUGUUGUUGCAUCUUGGUGGUCCGGACACGAUAACUGCGUUGGCCCUCGAAGAUAAUGCUUUGUGGGCACGUCAUUUGUUUGGCCUCAUUUCUCAAGCGCUUGCAGGUGUUUAUGCGGUGGUGCAAUCACUGGAAAACGCCUUAUGGCCACCAAUAACAUUACUAUUCAUCACCGGAGUGAUAAAAUACACGGAGAGGACACGUGCACUAUACACAGCGAGUUUAGACAAAUUUAAAGACCGAAUGCUUAAACCACCAGACGCUGGUCCUAACUACGCGAAGCUCAUGGAAGAGUACAAAUCAAGAAAAGAUUCGAAUCUCCCAACGAAUAUCAUCCUCAUCGAAGAACCGGCCAAACACGAGAGACCCCCAACUCUCGUUUUACCGGACCGACCAGACUUAACCGAUCUCGAAAUCGUUCAGUACGGUUUCAAAUUCUUCGACACUUUCAAAGGUCUUGUCGUUGACCUAAUUUUUACUUUCCGUGAGCGCGACGAAAGCCGAGAUUUCUUCAAAGAGCUUAAACCGGAGGAAGCUCUUCGGAUCAUCGAAUCAGAGCUCGGUUUUCUAUACGAAUCCAUGUAUACCAAAACCGCGAUUCUCCAAACGGGAUUCGGUACUCUGUCUCGAGUGAUUGCGUUUGGAUCGCUUCUUUCUUCCUUCUUUGUCUUCCAUCUUAGACCUAAGAAAUCCAUGGAUUUCCAUGGAGCAGAUAUUGUGAUAACUUACACUCUGUACAUCGUCGGUAUCGCUCUCGAUCUCGUCUCCAUGGUCAUGUUCUUGCUCUCGGAUUGGACAUUCGCGAGACUGAGAAGGCUCAAGGAUGAUCCAGACGAGGAAAAGAAGAGUUGUGUUGACGACUUGCUCAACUGGUUACUCGCGUUUAGGAAACCGCGUUGGACGAAGCAUCGAUGCAAAGGAAACCGUAUCCACGAGGUGCUCACGACGCGGUUCUUGCUUCGGAGAUGGUCAGGUACGAUCUACGGGUUCAGUUUCAUCGGAUACUGCCUCAAAGCCAAAGUCUCGAGAAUCCAUCAGAAGAGAAUCCGCAGCGUUUUGAGCGAGUUCGUGCGUGAAACCGUGGUUUCCACGUUCGAUUUCGUGAUCAGAAGAACUCAGAUGUUGGCUGGAUGGAUCGAGAACGUUGACAGAUCAAACAGGAUCUUCAUCAGGAAAUGGUCAAGGAGGAGCUGGAUGGUUCGUUACACGGUUUAUCCGUUGUACACCGUCUUCUUCUUGGGGAUCCCUUGGGUUUUCGGAAAGCUUUGGGGCUACGUUGAUCGAAUCUUCAGCCUCAAGUCUCAUCUAGACCAGAUCAGAUUCGUGUCCAGCGAGCCUCUGGCGAAGAAUCAAUGGGAGUUCAUAUUCAAGGAGCUGAAACAUAAGUCGGAGUUCGCGGAGACUCCUGAGAUCGCGAAGAAGGUGUCUUCGGCGAGAGGAGAAUGGGCUUUGCGUGAUACGAAUGUAACGGAAGUCGAGAGCUUGAUGCGUUAUGUAGAGAAUGUUGAUUACGAUCAAAGUCUCCUCCUUUGGCAUAUUGCUACUGAGCUCUGUUUUCAAACAGAGGAAGAGGAAGAGGAAGAGGAAGAGAAGGAGGUGGAGAAUCGAAGCUGCGAUGACCGCGAGUUCAGCAAGAUUAUAUCGGAUUACAUGAUGUAUCUGCUGAUAAUGCAACCGAAGCUGAUGUCUCAAGUUGCAGGGAUCGGGACUAUAAGAUUCAGAGACACUUUAGCUGAAGCAGAGAGGUUUUUCAAAGGGAAGCAAGUCAAGAAACAGAGAGAUAUGAAAAAAGCGAGCAGUACUGUAAUAUCGGUUAGCAACUAUAUUGAACCGAUACAUGUGAAGGGAGAUCGAAGCAAGUCGGUUCUUUUCGAAGCGAGUAUGCUGGCGAAAGAGCUUCAGAAAUUGGAUGAGAGUAGUAGUAGCAGUAGUAGUAGUAGUGUCAUCACUACUAGUAGUAGUAACAGAGAUGGGAAAUGGAGAGUGUUGAGCAAAGUGUGGGUUGAGUUGCUAUCUUACGCGGCAAGUCAUUGCGAAGCUACAGAGCAUGUGGCGCAACUUAGCAGAGGUGGAGAGCUUCUUAACUUUGUUUGGUUGUUGAUGGCUCACUUUGGUUUAGCUGAUCAGUUUCAGAUCAAUAAAGGAGAUGCUAGAGCCAAACUGGUUGUAGGAGAAGGAGAGUGAUAGUUAUACUUAUUUGUGUGUGUGUGUGUAUUUUGUAAUUUAUUUGUCUCUGUUUGAAAUUUCUAAGCAAUGUUCUUUUGAUUUCUUUUGAUUCAAAAUUUGAUUAAGGAAAAAAAGGUCCACCCUGGCAAUUCAUUUUUUUGGUUUGGUUUGGUUUGGUUUUAUAAAAAAAUGAUUAAUUCAGAUUUAUGUGAA